AACGCAUACGUCGCGGUGCAAGCCAGCGUAGCGGCCGCCCGACCCAAUUGAGCUGUUGCACGCCUUGUACACAUCCCCUUUGAUCGCACCUUUGCUGCGCGUGCCGAACUGUGGUCCCUGAAGUAGCAGGGAGGGGAGAGCCUCGCGUGACAGCCACUGGCUCUGGCUCACGUCGAGGGCCGCCCGCGCCCCUCAUGUUGCUCCGCGCCGCGGCCAGGCGCGCGCCCCGGAGGACGCAGCAGCGCACCUUCGUCGUCGCCGCGCGAAAGCAACCGCAGCAAGCUAGAGCGUACUCCUCGCCGAAGCCCCCGCAUUUGACCAGUAAAACAUUACCGAGAGGCAGGAUCGGCUUCGUCAAUGGCAUCCGGCAGCUCCAGAAGAGCCUCUUGAACGGUUUUGACCAGAGACCGACGCUCUCCGAACUCCUGCCGCCGGACGCCUCAAUCACGGACGUCGACAAAGAGCACAUAAAAAACUUGCCGCGCUUCGACGCCGCCGAGGACGCGGAGGUUCUACUUUGUGCUUCCGAGACGGGCUUCGACCUCGGCGUCAAAAGAUUACGGAAAGCGUUACAAAGUGGCGACUCGUCCCUCACGCUCCACGGCAAGGAGCUCCACUGCCUCGGCUUCGACACGGAGCGGACGCCGACCUUCCGACUAGGCCAGCCCGAGCAGCCCGUGGCCUGCCUGCAGCUGGCCAGUCACGACCUCGUCGUGCUGUUUCUGCUGAAGAACAUGAGGCAUAUACCGGCUUCUUUACAGGACCUGUUGGAGGACCCGGGCGUGCUGAAAGUAGGCGUGGCGUUAUCCGAGGACACGAAUGCGUUAUCGAGGCACGCGCCCGGCUUGACUGUUCGUGGGCUUGUUGAUCUGGCUCCUUUAGCAGAAGCGAGGUUUCCCUCGCUGACACGACGAGGCCUGCGGGGCUUAGUGGCCUCACUCGGUGGUCGACGACUAUCAAAACACCAGUCGACGGCUUCCUGGGGCCAGCGGACGUACACGCCGGCGAUGAUCCGGUACGCGGCGAACGACGCGCUUGCCGGGUUGUUUUGUUUCGGGCGGAUCCUGGGCCACGACCGGGAAGACGAGCGGAAGGUCGCGUAAGAGUUUGUAGUU